GCGUGUGCGCGAGCGCAGGUCAUUCAUUCUUCUGUUCAUUCACUCCGCCAAGGCUUCGCUCUUCUCUUCUCCGCGCGCUCCUCCUCUCCUUUCCUCUCCUCUCUUCAUCGCGCGCCUUCCCUCGCGGGACUCCUCUCCAGCGCUCGCGCCUGAAAGUCUCGAGCGCAGCGCCGGUAACAGUCCGGGACAGAAGCGGGUCAGACAGGGGUCGAGCCGCGAUUAACUCGGACUUUAGGCUUCGGUUCUGCAGCUCCAUGAGAACCUCCGUCGUCGCUGUGCUGCUGCUGUGUGGAGUCUCAGUGGCUCUGACGAUGUAUAAUGUGUCGGAGGAGAACUCCCAUUGCCCUCUGGGAUAUUUCCCCUGCGGUAACCUGAGCACCUGCCUGCCUCAGCUCCUGCACUGUAACGGUGUGGACGACUGCGGGAACCAGGCGGACGAGGAAAACUGCGGAGACAACAACGGCUGGCCUCAUUUGUUUGACAAAUAUUUCGGAGUUCCCAGUAAUGACCCUAGAACCAAAUCCAACACUUGCUUGCUUGGCCCAGUUCCAGCAGAGUGUCAGUGCAGGGAUCUGGAGCUGGACUGUGACGGCGCUCACUUUAAAGACGUGCCGGCGGUCUCCAUUAACGUCACCAUGAUGUCUUUGCAGAGGAACCGGCUGAGGAAGCUGAACGCUGACAUGUUCAUUAAGUACCAGAGUCUUCAGAAGCUGUAUCUUCAACACAACCGAAUUAAAGUGGUGGAGCCCCAUGCCUUCAGAGGCCUGUACAACCUGACGCGCCUGUAUUUGAGCCAUAAUCGAAUCUCCAGCCUAAUGCCGGGAGUAUUCCAGGACCUGCACAAGCUGGAGUGGCUGAUUCUGGAAAACAACAAAAUCCAGCAUGUGUCCUCCCUGACCUUCUCCGGGUUGCGCUCUCUUGUUCUGCUGGUUCUGUUGAACAAUGCUCUAACAAGGCUGGAUGAUGUAUGUCUGGAGAUGCCGCGGUUAAAUUGGCUGGACAUGGAGGGGAAUCAGAUUGAGACUGUGGAGAAUAUGACGUUCUGGUCCUGCAGCAUGCUCACAGUGCUAGUCCUCCAGAGGAACAGAAUUAGUCACAUCCAUGAUCAGGCGUUCUCGGUGCUGAGGAAGCUGGGCGAGCUAGAUUUAUCCAGCAACAGGAUUCAGACAAUCCCACACAAUCUCUUCGUAAAUCUGGGAGACUUGUUGCAGCUGAAUAUUUCCUACAACCCAAUCCAGGAACUGCAAAUGGACCAUUUCGACAAACUGCAUAAAUUAAAGUCUUUGAGCAUCGAGGGGAUGGAGAUUGGGAACAUUCAGAGGAGGAUGUUUGAACCUCUCAAAAACCUGACUCACAUCUACUUUAAGAAGUUCCAGUACUGUGGAUAUGCUCCUCAUGUGCGGAGCUGCAAGCCUAACACUGAUGGAAUCUCAUCCUUUGAGGACCUCCUGGCUAACAUCGUCCUGCGGGUCUUUGUCUGGGUGGUCUCGGCCACCACCUGCUUCGGCAACAUCUUCGUCAUCUGCAUGCGCUCGUACAUCCGCUCUGAGAACAAGCUCCACGCCAUGUGCAUCAUUUCCCUCUGCUGUGCUGAUAGUUUGAUGGGCGUCUACCUGUUUGUGAUCGGGGCAUAUGACCUGAAGUUCCGUGGAGAGUAUAAUCGCCAUGCCCAAGCCUGGAUGGACAGCGUGCCAUGUCAGGUGGUGGGCUCUCUGGCCAUGCUGUCAACAGAGGUGUCUGUUCUGCUCCUCACCUACCUCACCCUGGAGAAGUACAUCUGCAUCGUCUACCCCUUCCGAUACCUGACCCCUGGACGAAGGCGCACUGUCACCAUACUGGUGGUGAUCUGGAUCCUGGGGUUUAUCAUUGCUUUCCUGCCUCUGGUGUGUAAAGAAGUGUUCCGGAACUUCUAUGGAACCAACGGAGUGUGUUUCCCCCUGCACUCAGAGCAGCCGGAGACGGCCGGAGCUCAGAUCUACUCCAUCGUCAUCUUUCUGGGCCUGAACCUGGUGGCAUUCCUCAUCAUUGUCUUGUCGUACGGCAGCAUGUUUUAUAAUAUCCAGAGAACAGGAACUCAGACGACCAAAUACAGCAACCACAUAAAGAAAGAGCUGACGAUAGCCAAGCGCUUCUUCUCCAUUGUCAUCACAGACUCACUGUGCUGGAUUCCUAUUUUCAUCCUCAAAAUCUUAUCACUAAUGGAUGUGGAAAUUCCAGGUACCAUCAGCUCAUGGGUGGUCAUCUUCAUCCUGCCCAUAAACAGUGCUCUCAACCCCAUCCUCUACACGCUGACCACACGGCCCUUCAAGGAGACCCUUUUGCAGGUGUGGACCAACUACAGGCAGCGAAGGCCACUGCUCAGCAGCCACCCGGCCCACUUACCUUCCUUCACCUGGCAGGAGAUGUGGCCACUUCAGGAGAACAGCCAGAACCUGGCCUCACCCGAGUACCUGGCACACCCUUCUGAAAUGUGCUUCACUUCUGGAAUGUCCCAACUUCUACCCACAGAGGACAUGAAAAGGACAUGAUGCUUCGCGGAGGGAGGAAUCCUGCCGACUACGCCAAAUCACGGGAUACAUUUGAUACAAUGCAGACUUCUCCAUGAUCCGGCUCGAAGAAUAAGACCAAGGCUGUCAGAAAAAGGAACGUGCAGGACAUGUACUGGAUAUUUGCACUGAAAUCAGCUUAUUGUUCUCAUGAGCCUUUUAUAAAAGACUCAUUCAGGUUGUUUACAGUCACAUGACUACAGCAAAGAUGGGACCUAAUCGAAAAAAACCUUGACUGCUAAAUGUUUGUGUGUCAAUCCAUCCUCCAUGCCUUUGACCCCGAUUACACAUGGCAUUAAUGUGUGUACUGGGUGAUCUGAUCAUAAGUGGCCAGCAGUACCGGUGUGAACAACAUCCAGUACAUCAUUCAAACUGAUCGCAUUCAGAGGUCUGCAGAGAUGAAUAUGACCACAUAGAAGCAGACAUAUGGCAAAAAAAAAAUCCCAUUUUCAUAUCAUGCUUAAUGUUUGUAUUGUAUCGACAAAAUGCUUUAAUAAGCAUAAAGAGAAUUUUUUUUAUUCUGUUAAUCUGGAUGAUAUGCAACAAAAAAAUCUGUGAAAUUAACUGUCAUAUGCAUAAAAGUGUUUGAAUAGACGUUCUUAAGAACCUGAAAUUUCUUAAUGCAUUUUGCAUAUGUUACAGUAUUGCACACUGCAAAAAAAUACUUGCACAUCUGAUAUUACAUUUAUUUACUGAGGAUUAAAAAAUAUUUUAGCAAGGGAAAUUAUCUAAUUUUGAGACAAUACAUCUUUUUAAUAAAUAUAUAAAUAUAUUAUAUAAAUAUAGUAAGAUUAUUUUGAUUAUUUUAGGAACAGUGAUCUUAGUCAGUGUCACUGAUUCAUUUUUACCUUAUUUUAAAUAAUAUAAACUGAACAUAAGCACAAAAAGUCACUAGUCAAGUUAUUCUAAUUCUUGUGUCCAAAUUUAAGAUCUUAAAAUCUAACUAAGAAAAAUUUCACAUUUUUUUAUUAAUCUAAACAUAUAUAUAUAUAUAUAUAUAUAUAUAUAUAUAUAUAUAUAUAUAUGUCUUAGUUCAGCCCUGUAAGUGUGAUUAUGUACACCACAUAGUGGUUCAUAUUGUACUGUUCGCAAACUGUUCAUAUCAUAAUCAGAAUUGUAUUGUAUCAAGCUUAAUUAAGAAAUAUAUUAUGAUAUCAUUUUUGGCUGCAUCGUCCUGCUCUAUGAUCACACGAUUAUUGUAAUGUCUUGUUGCAUUCCCGACAGCAAAGCAUUUCCCACAUUAACUGCAUCACUGCCCUUGCGGAACAUACAGUAUAUAAUAACUGCAAUACCACACCAUCCACAAUCCGUAGGGGUUAGUUGAGCCUUUUGCAAUAGAAAGCUAAUGUGUAUGGAUGAUACUUGUAGCUGAUGCACACACACACACACCGCUCUUUGUCAAUCUGGAUUUGGGCAAAGAAAGCUGUAAGAAUCUUACUGUAACUGACCCCCCCUCCAGUCCAGCCUCCAGUCCUACCUUCAACAGAAAUAAUGGGAGAAAUCAGAUCACAAGCACUCACAGACAAUGCAUUUAAAAUGCCAGUUGUAAACAGCUAUUUGUUUUGCCAAUCAUUUGUGAUCAGAACACCCAGAAUGCACGUUCAUACCAGGUGUAAACGGGGCUUUUGACUGUUGUAUUGUAUUGACUUGCAUGUGUUUUGUCCAAGUCAGUAACGUUCAGUGGUUGGGUGGUCAAAAUCUGCAAGGAUGGUUUAUUUUUCUGUCUGUAACAAUGUUAUUAUUUAAUUCAUGAAAUAAAUGUAGUUAAUAAAUGUAGUUAAAAGUCUGAUGAGGUACAGACAUGUAUCAUAAUUAUGACUGCUGCUCUGUGAUUUGAAUAUAUAUAUAUGCACAAUCUUUGGACAGAUUUAACUUACAUGAAGUACUGUGCCCAAGUUUAACAGAGACCAGCCUUCCUUUGAUUUCCAGUCAAAGUAAAAACUAGUGCUGGGCGAUUUGACCUCAAGCCAACAUUGCAAUAAAUUCAACAUUUUACCUUAAUUACAAGUAAUGAAUGAAUUAAUUCAUUUGAGUUGUCCUUCAAUUUGCUUUCAUACUGUAGCCUGGACAGUAAUAUGACUACACACAGUAAUAUGUUUUUAUGGGGACACUACUAUAUUACUAUAUUAAUAGCAAUAGAUUUAACAAAAAACUAAAACAUCCAACAAGAUGCACCUAAGUAAAUGUAUUGAACAUUCAUUGAAUGUGCUAAAAUUUGGCUGAAUACUAAAAAGAAAAUUCAUUCAUUUGCUUACUUUUUUACCCUUAAAUGAUUGUCAUUCAUCUACAUGUACAUGGAUUUUUUUCUUGCCCUACUAAGAAAAAUCUACUAUAAAUCUGUAAUAAAAAAUAUUUGUUGAACACUAAACAGUUUUAACAGCAGACACACCAACAAAACACAAUAUGAUAU